AUGAAAAUACCCUUGGCUACUGUAACAGCUGAAUAUAUCGGAUUCAUCGUUGCGUUUUUCGCAAACAUUAUCUUGAUAUUCCUAAUUGUCACUCAAACACGCCAAAACUUCGGGGCUUAUAAGAACUUGAUGUUAUGGUUUGCCGCGUUUUCGCUUUGGUAUUCUUUCAUUGAUAUUUUAACUCAACCCGGUAUGCAUUCAUAUAAAAACAGUUACAUAGUUUUCUGCGCAAGUUGGUUUAAAUAUCAUCAAACUUUGGCACCUAUCAUUAUUUGUAAGUGAUAGAAAACGGAACAUGCUUUUGAAAAAAAAACAGGUUUUAGCAUCAUACUGUACUUCAUACGGUCUCACGUUGGUUCUUCUUGCAAUUCAUUUCAUUUACCGUUAUAUUGCAAUGAGUCGUCCGAAUGAAAUUCGUUAAUUCAAAUAUCCACUCGCCUUUAUUUGGCCUACCAUUUUCAUAAUUAUUGCAGUAUUUUGGUGGUGUAAUGUUUAUUUCCUUUUGGGAAGUAAUGAAGUUAUUGAUGAAUAUGUGCAAGAAAGUAUCAAAGAAUACUAUGAGGAUGAUAUCAAACAAUUAUCAUAUAUUGGUCCUCUUUAUUAUGUAAGUUUAAGAUGAUUUAUCAAACAUUCAAAAAAAUCAGCGAGUAUUUUUGCAGAUUAUUACUCCUGAAGGAAAACUUGAAUUGCAAUGGAAAAGUUGUGUUGGAAUGGCAAAUGUUUAUACAAUUGCAAUAACUACUUUUGUACUGAUAACAUCUUUGGGUUUGGCGAUUUACAAGAAAAUGCAAAGUGUGCAAUCUUUGAUUGCUCCAAAAACCAGAGAACUUCAAAAACAACUUUUCCAUGCUUUGACAGUUCAAACAAUUGUCCCAAUUAUUUUCAUGUACAGCCCUACAACUAUUCUAUUUAUUGCACCAAUUUUUGGUGUUGAAUUGGGAAGUAUGGCUAAUAUGACAUCGAUCUGCCUCGCACUAUAUCCAGCUUUAGAUCCUCUCGUUGUCAUGUAUUUUAUUCGUGAUUAUCGAAAAUACAUCUUGAGUUUGUGUAUCUCUAAAAAUUCUAAUUUCAAGUGAUAAUUUUCAGAACGUAUCAAACUUUCCAACAAUGUUUCAUCAACUCGAAUUGUGUCAAUUUCAACGAAAACCGAUGUAGUUAUCUAA